GUCAAGUGAAGACAACUCCGUAAGGGCUAAAAAAGACGACUGGGAUUUGUCUUCUGCUAUAUCUCCCUGAUUCCAAGCGUGGUGAUCUCUCCCACCACCCGACCACCCCACCCCGCACCUCAGUUCUUACCCCCAACCCCUCCUCAAGAUGGCAACCGCUAGCAACCCACGCAGGGAUCCCAAUACAUUGAGUAAUUACGAUAGCUGGGUGUCGACCCAUGUCGUUGCAAAUUUCGCGAUCCUCUUCGAUGAGAAGAAGCUUGCCGGAAACGUUGUCCAUAAGCUCAAAUCAACAACCGAUUCCGAAUCUACCGAGAUCGUCCUGGACACCAACAAUGUGAAGAUCGGGAGCGUGCAAAUCGAUGGCAAGUCCUCGUCGAACUGGGAGCUUCUGCCUCCGCUGGAACCUUACGGCGCUGCAUUGAAGAUAGUUCUUGAUCAUGGUGUAGGCCGCAACGAGAUAGUCACAGUCGAUAUUGCCGUCGAGACAACUGACCGAUGCACUGCGCUUCAAUGGCUAACCCCAGCCCAAACAUCGAACAAAAAACAUCCCUAUAUGUUUUCUCAAUGUCAGGCGAUCCACGCACGGUCCAUUUUCCCGUGCCAAGAUACUCCUGAUGUUAAGUGUACUUUUGAUUUCAAUAUCAAAUCUCCACUGCCCGUGAUUGCUAGUGGCUUACCUAUUGACAAGGAAGAGCCGCAGUCUAGUGACAAAACAUAUCAUUUCCAACAGAGAGUGCCGAUCCCUUCUUAUCUGUUCGCUCUUGCUAGUGGUGAUAUUUCAGAAGCUACCAUUGGACCACGGAGCGCUGUUGCAACAAGCCCUGACAAACUCCAGGAAUGCCAAUGGGAACUUGAAGCAGAUACAGAAAAAUUCAUCCAUGCGAUCGAGGCGAUUGUCUACCCCUACGCUUGGGGUAGAUAUAAUGUCCUGAUCCUACCGCCGAGCUUUCCGUACGGGGGCAUGGAGAAUCCGAUCUUUACGUUCGCCACUCCUAGUAUCAUUUCCAAGGAUAGGGAAAAUAUUGAUGUCAUUGCGCACGAGCUUGCGCAUAGCUGGAGCGGUAACUUGGUUACGAAUGCCUCUUGGGAACACUUCUGGUUAAACGAGGGCUGGACAACCUAUCUUGAGAGACGGGUAUUAGCUGCAGUCCAUGGUGAACCAUAUAGACAUUUCUCAGCCAUCAUAGGCUGGAAGUCGCUUGCUGAUUCCGUGGAACAUUUUGGACAUGAUCACGAGUUUACUAAACUCAUUACCGACCUUAAAGGCAAGGACCCCGAUGAUGCAUUCUCAAGCAUUCCCUACGAGAAGGGAUUUAAUUUCUUGUUUCAUUUGGAAACGUUAUUGGGGAAACAUAAAUUUGACCAGUUUAUCCCUCACUACUUCAUGGCAUUCAAAGAAAAGUCCCUUGAUUCGCACGAAUUCAAAACGACAAUCCUGAACUUUUUCCAGUCUGAUGUGGAAGCCUAUAAGUUGCUCAAUGAUCUCGACUGGGACACCUGGUUUUACGCGCCUGGAAUGCCACCCAAGCCCCACUUUGAUACCUCUCUUGUAGAUGUUGUUUACGAGCUGUCAAAGAACUGGAAGUCGCUUCCUGAAUCAUCCUUCAAGCCCCGCCCGAGUGAUAUCGAAAAUUUGACCGCAAACCAAGUGGUCGUGUUCUUGGAACAGAUUCUGCUCGGAAAUCCACUCACACCUGACCUGUCUAGGCUCAUGGGUCAGAUAUAUGGAUUUGCUUCAAGUGAAAAUAUAGAGGUCUCAAAUCUUUAUUUUCAAGUGGGCCUGAAGGCCGGUGACGAAAGCGUGGUUGAGCCAACCACAGAACUACUAGGCAGGAUUGGGAGAAUGAAAUUCGUUCGACCGCUUUACCGAAACCUGCAGCGAUUCAGCCGUGCUCUUGCAGUUGACACCUUCGAGAAACAUAAAGACUUCUACCAUCCUAUUUGUCGAGCCAUGGUUGAGAAAGACCUGCUCGGCAAAGGAGGAUUGUAGAUUGGGGGAAGUGGCCUCAUCGGGCGUCAUAUCUUAGAUGUUCGAAUAGAGAGCAUGCCCGAUUAUGGACCUUUUUUUUCUUUCUCGAAAUGGAACGUGGCUUUGAGGGAUUGGGGAGAGGAUAACCUGAAUGUUCAAUAAUGAACUGAUGCUACUGCGAAUCUCUUCAGUUCCUAGGCAAUAAAACACUGGUGUUUCGCUC